GGCGGAAUGAUGUAAAUCGGGAGGCAAGAGCGAGCCGAGGUUCCUUCCUUCUGGGGUGCACUAUUCCGAUUUGGUAAGCUUCCCCGAAGCUCCAAGCCCAAGGUUUACGGGGCGACGGGGACUGGGGAAAUCACGGCGUCGGCGAGAGCGAGUCGGUGUCGCCGAUAGGGGUGUUCGACGGUAUGUCACAGACAGCAUCUCACCCCAGAAACCAUCAUGCAUCGUGAACAUGGGGACAAGCUGGACUUCAACGCAACGUGAACACACCCUAUAGAGCUAAACACGUGGGCUGGCGGCGUGGGCGACUUCAUCUCUCCGGACAGCCUCGCUCCAUCCUCCCUCAUCCCUUCUCACAGCCUCAUCCCUUACACACUUCCUUCCCUUUGUCUGCUUUUUUCUGAACCAUCACCUGAACAAGACUACAUAUUGCGGUAAUGGCGGAGCUCCUCGACCUCCCACCGGAGCUGAUCGUGCUGAUUAUCAACUGCAUGCACCCCUCGUGUCAUUUCAACUUUGCCCGGGCGAAUAAACUCUGCUUCCAACUGUCCACCGAUGUUCUUGCUCGCCAUGCAGUCUAUCACCAGCGCGCGCAGCCUUGGUCGGAUACUCUCCCUCUUACGCUCCCCAGGCUAUUUCACAUGGUCCUCAAGGACCCUGUCGCCGCCUAUUACGUCCACCACCUAGCAUUCUGGGGAUCGAGGACAUCUUGGGAUCUUUGGCAAGACUUGCCGUUGCGAGAUGAUCGGGCCCCUAAUCACACAUUACACGCGGCCAUGAAUACGUCGAACGCAGGUCCAGCCUGUCACAUCUUCAUCCCGCCGCACAUCCAUGCUUUCCGCCAGAUUCUGCGUCGAUGCCCCAACCUCUCGGAAGACCUUUGGAUACAGAAAUUGCUCGAAGGCGACGAGAGCCACUUCAAGGUGCUCCUGCUCGCUAUGCUUCCCCACCUCACGCACCUCUGGUUAGCCGCCCCCAUCCCAGCCCUCCGCCUCUUUCUAAACUCCUCCUUUCCCCCACACCCUCUCAGCCAUUUACGCAACGUGAGCAUCAGCAUACAAGACCUUAGGUAUCUGCUGCCAGCCCAGUGUUGUGGUUUCGAAACAAUUGCGGAUGUCUAUCUUCUUCCAGCUUUGGAGUCGUUGUACGUCUUGUACGACUAUGCUCCUGACCAAGCUCCUGACCCCGCCGACCCUGCUUGCAUACCCAUUGGGAAGUCCUCUGUCAAAACGCUUCUCUUGGACGGCACAGAGCCACCGUUCUCGGACCUGCUACAGAUGAUCGCCGGGGCGGCAGCCUUGCAUACCUACGUUGACAGCAUCGGGCCCGAGAACAUCUCUGGGUGCCUGGGCGCUUUGCAGCAGCACCACUCCGAUACUCUACAGAACUUAGAUUUGGGCAGCCAACGCGAUGAUUUAGAUUUCCUCCAGGAGCUCUACUCCGACAGCCCCAACCAAAAGAAUCUAACCGUCUUCCGAGACUUGAAGCAGGUCAAGCUGAAUGCUGUGGCAAUCUUGAAGCAGAUCACAAGGCUGCAGUACGACGGCGUCUACGACGGCACUUCCGAUCCGUUUCGCAUUUGGGUCGCCAGCAAGUACGGCCAGGGCUCCAGCCCACGCUUCCUCAAUUUCGCGUCCAUCCUCCCCGAGUCUAUCGAGAUUCUCACUUUCACCCCCAUGGAAGAUAAGUGGGCAAUUGGGGUGUGUGCAGCCGAUAUGUUGGAUGCCCUCGUGUCCGCCAAUCUGCAUGAUACAACCCUUCCAAACCUCUCCGCCAUCUUCUUCAACGAUCUCAUCGAAAUGCGUCAUUGGCGUUCCGCAGGCCUUCGCGAACAUUUGCCGAGGAGCUUUCCCGAGCUCGCACAAACAGCCUUCCUUCCCUGGUUCCAGAUGAGCAUCGCAGCCGGGGCGCAGCGGGGGAUCAAUGUCUACACGUCUAGCACCCACGACCCCGAAGAGAUAGAGCACAUCAGAAGGGGAAUGGGGAUGCCCAUGCCAUUGGCGGAGCACGACGUGAAGAAGUACGACGAUUUCGCCGACCUUCGCUCAUCGGCGCAGAAAGAGGCAAGCCAAAUGCAGGCACUCGCGACUGGUGGAACUCUGUACGAUGAUGACUUGUAAUAUGAUAUAUAUCUGGCCCACUACGAUUUCUGACAAUCGUGCAACCAUGUCCUCACCCCGUCCAUCCCGACUGCACCGCCUCUUUCAUCUGCAUUUUUGACUCUAUACGGUGGUUUUGGCGGGCGCAUCGGUGUUGCCGGUUUGGGGCUUGCUGUUGUCCUCCUUCUCGUUGGGCUUGGUGGCGGAGGCCUUGAAGGAUUGCUCGAAGUCGGCAAUGAUGUCGUCGAUGUGCUCGGUGCCGACGGAGAUUCGGAUGAGGUCCUGUGAGCAGCGUUAGUGGGCUGAUGGCCAGGGAGGUGCGAGAAGGAUAAACAUACCUCGGUGACACCACUGCUGAUG